CAUCCCCGUCUUCCUCUUCCUUCUGCUCCUCUGCUUCUCUCUUCUCUUCCCCAAUUCCCCCUCAAACCCUAGCGACCGAUCCGCGAGUUCCCUCCGGCGGCGGCGCCGCCGCUCCGAUCGCCCGCCUCUCCGUCAGCCCCAGCCCGCCGUUCGCGCCGCGGCAGCGGUCCAUGGAUUUCCGCUUCAGCGCCGGCGACCGCGGGCCGCCUUUGCCGCCGCCGUUGGAGUGGCAGGCGGUGCCGCGAGAGCUCAUCAUUCGCGAGGAGGUGACGCGGCGGCUCACCGAGGAGUGGGCCAAGGGCGACCCCGCCUUCGCCCGCGGCCUCAACGAGGGGUUCGGGCCCGGCCCGUUCUUCGCCCCCGAUCGCUUCAUGCCGCCGCCGCCGCCGCACGCGCCGAUGCCGUUGCCGGUGCCGAUGCGCCCGCUCCCGCACGCGCCGCCGCCGGUGCCUUUCGAGGAGUUCGGGGCCUGGCAGGGGUUCGGGCGUCCCCUGCACGCGGGGUUUGGGGAAAGGACGCGGUUUCUCUUCGGGGCGAAGUGGGGGUCUACGCCGCCGCCAGACCCGAAGCACAAGCUCAAGCUGCUUGAGGUCGAGCCCUCCGGGAGACCCGAGGCUCUUUCACCAAAGGUUCCAAUGAUGAAGAGCAAAGCAGAUGCAAAUGUUGCAACUACUGUACCAAAGAAAGUACAGAAACUAGCCGAGGACUGGAGCUGUGCACUAUGCCAGGUUAGUGCACCGUCUGAAGCUGGUCUAAAUGAGCAUCUUGGAGGAACAGAGCAUAAGGCGAAGUUGGCACAAUGUAGCGUCAGCAAGGCGACCAAAGAUGACAAAAACUGCUUGCAGACGACCACUGGGAAUGAGAGCAACACAGAUCCUUGUGAUGCACCUAAGAAAAUAUGCAUGCUAGUAGACAGUGCAACAUGUGAAGCUGGUCUAAAUGAGGAUCUUGGAGGAAGAAAACAUAAGGCGAAGUUGGCACAAUGUGGCGUCAGCAAGGCGAUCAAAGAUGACAAAAACUGCUUGCAGACGACCACUGGGAAUGAGAACAACACAGAUCCUUGUGAUGCACCUAAGAAAAUAUGCAUGCUAGUAGAUGGUGAAAUGCAUGAAGUUGUUCGGAAGAACAACUAUCUGUGGUGUGAUCUCUGCAGAGUCAGGUGCGAUAGUAACAGCAUCAUGGCUGGCCAUCUGCGUAGCAAGAAGCACAGUAAAUUAAACAAGGUUUCGACGUCGAUAAAGGCUGUCAGGACAAAUACCGAUACUAAGGAAGGUUUGACUUCUUUUGGAAGUCAGGUAAAUACAAACGGCUCUACUGAAAUUCCAGCGGUAAUUGAAGGCGACAUAAAUAUGACCACCAAAGUAGAUGAAAGUGGCCCUGUAGAAAAUCCAGUCCAGAAAGAAAUCCAUCCGUUGAGCAAGAAGCACAGUAAAUUAAACGAUGGUUGGACAUCGAUAAAGGCUGUGAGGACAAAUACCGAUACUAAGAAAGAAAUCCAUCCGGGGAGCAAGAAGCACAGUAAAUUAAACAAGGUUUCAACAUCGAUAAAGGUUGUGAGGUCUAAUACCGAUACUAAGGAAGGUUUACCUUCUUGUGGAAGUCAGGCUCUUUCAUCAAAUCCAAAGGUUCCAAUGGUGAAGAGGAAAGCAGAUGCACAUGUUGCAACUACUGUGCCAAAGAAAGUACAGAAACCAACCAAGGACUGGAGCUGUGCACUAUGCCAGGUUAGUCGACCAUGUGAAGCUGCUCUAAAUGCGCAUCUUGGAGGAACAAAGCAUAAGGCAAAGUUGGCACAGUGUGGCGUUAGCAAGACGAUCAAAGAUGGCAAAAACUGCUCACAGAUGACCACUGGGAUUGAGAGCAGCACAGAUCCUUGUGAUGCACCUAAGAAAAUAUGCAUGCUAGUAGACGGUGCAAUGCAUGAAGUUGUUCGGAAGGACAACUACCUGUGGUGUGAUCACUGCAGAGUCAGUUGUGGUAACUACGCCACCAUGGCUUGCCAUCUGCGGUGCAAGAAGCAGAGUAAAUUAACCAAGGUUUGUUCAUCGAUAAAGGUUGUGAGGACAAAUACCAAUACUAAGGAAGGUUUGCCUUCUUCUUUUGGAAGUCAGGUAAAUACAAACGGCUCUACUGAAAUUCCAGUGGUAAUUGAAGGCGACAUAAAUAUGACCACCGCAGUAGAUGAAAGUGGCCCAGUAGAAAAUCCAGUCCAGAAAGAAAUACAAAGAAUGGCCACCAUAUGGGCAAUGUUUUCUUGUUAAGUUUCUUAGAUACUGGUAAUCAAGGUAGGAAUCUUGCAAGUUUACGAAUCGAGUUCAACAGAUGGCUUAUAAGGUAUCUAAGUUGAUUACUAGUGUCUAAGCAACUUUGCAAGAGAAGCAUUGCUCCCUGGACAUGUCUUUCACAUGGAGAUGACUUAUUUAUGUAGAAUGCCCAGUUUGAACUUUGCCUAAGCUGCUUCUGUUGUAGUUUUAGCCAGUUUUGAUUGUCGCCCUCUGUUUAAGUUAAUGUGAGUAGGUGGGACGGGUUGAGCUGGUGAUGAGUAGGGUUUCCCUGAGUGCUAACCUGACUCGUUUGUAAUUUGUUUAGGUCUUUUAGGUGUGGCUCAGGUUUGCUUUUGCAUAUGUUGUGUGGAAAGUUGUUCGUUGAUUAGUUGCAGCGCAUACUCAUCAAUAGCUGUUUCAGAAAGACUGUGGUCAGCAUUAAUAUAUAGUUGUGAGAUGCAUAUAUAUUAUCCAAGCAUCCUGAUGAAGACAGAAACCGGCAUAUAUGAAAUAUCAGGCAAAAAUGCUUCUAAAGCUGCAAAUUCCAUGAAAAUGAGGUGUAGGUUCUGACGAUUCUUGACUGAUUUAUACUGCUCGGGAAGGUUGUGAUAUGUAUGCAUGCCAAAUUUCAACGUCAAAUUUUGGUACUGAAAUUUUGCAUUAAUGUUUGGUGCUGAAAUUUGGCAUUAAUGUAGAACAUGGGCUUCCUUGGUAUCUUACGUAUUAUUUUAGAGAUGAUCUUUGAAAAUUCUGCCCCGAGUAUUCAUGGAAUUUGUGAGUUUAGACAGUUUUUUGCUGGAUAUAUAUAUACCCUCGAGAGUUUCGUCCGCAACAGCUUAUCUCAGGUGUUGCUGGGAGAAACGCAACAAAUCAUGGGAGAUCAGAAAACUCAGUGAACACCAUGGCAAGCUUGCAGCCAAGAAGCAAUCCAUGUCCUGUGGUCCUGCUGUUUAUUUCUGUUAGGCCAGAGUUCCAAUGUCUCUGCAAUUCUCUGCUGUUGUACCUUCUCGAGUUUGAAUUCCGGAUUGUUAUAAUUUGUACCCCAUGUAGGUCUGGUGUUAUAUCUUCUGAAAUAAUCUAUACUGAUGUGUGCCCUA